AUGAACACGAUCAGCAACAGCGGCCGCGACGGCGUCAGCAACGUCUUCGCCGCGGCCCUAUGGACGCUGGACGGCAGCUUCGAGGUCGCAGCCACGGGCGCAGUCGGUGUGAACCUCCACCAGGGCGCCGGGCAGAACCUCUACACCGCCAUUGUCCGCUGGUACGACAACGACCGCCUCGCGCCCGUCUUCAUCCGGCCGCCCUUCUACGCCUUCGUGCUCUUCAAGCAGGCCGUCCGCGGCAACAGCACCAUGCUGCCGAACCGCGUGGCGUGGGGCGAGGUCGACGGCAUCAAGGUGUGGCCGCUCUGGGGCGAGCCAGAGAAGGAGCUGCGCGUCGUUGUCAUCAACAAGCGGCCGCUGGACGCGGUGGACGUGAUCUUGAGGGUCUCCAAAAACAGCGGCUACGGGGGCGCGACCGUGACGCGCCUGGUUUCGAGCCUGGAGCGGCCGCUCGAGUCACGGGGUCCGGAGAUCAGCUAUGGCGGCAUUACGUACGGCAUCGGCGGCGUGAGGGGCGGCAGCAACGUGACAGAGCACGUGAAGCGGGGCACGAGCGAGGGCAAGCUGGCGUGGCGGAUCUACAUGCCCAUGGGCUCUGCGGCCCUCGUCGUCAUCCCCCGCCUGGGUUGA